AUGAACAGUAAAUUGAAUAAGUACUCCAUAAGUUCUGCUUUAACAGGGAGUAUCAUGGGAGCUUACUGUACUGUGUGUAAAAUGGAGGACAAACCGCCGGAAUUUAAGGAUAUACCAUGUAAAUUUUUCUACCAUUGGUUGGGGACACAGCCAACCGUUGAUGAAAAAACGAAUGAAUUAUCAAAAAUACUGGAAGAUAUUUACAAUGUGCUGAAGAAUGAUACCGACGGGCAUAAGUGUGAAGUUAACUACGACGAUGUUGACAGAGACAAAUUCAAGAGUAGGAAGGAAGUAUUUGACCAUUAUUACAACUAUGAGGAUGUAGAGAAGUAUGUACUGGGGGGUCACUCAAAUUGUUUAGCAGAGUGGAUGGAUUACCAAGGGGGCAUUGAAUUAUCAUCCGGCAGCAGCGGUUCCUUUAGUGAUUCUGACACUUCUGCUUUGACAGAUAGGGCCAGUGGUGGGGAAGGAAAGGGUUCACUUCUGGGAAGGUUACCUUCAAAAUUAAUUUUAUACAGUGAUUUAAAUAAAGCAAAUAGUUCAAAUAGAUGUAAUAAUGCCGACCACACGGACGAAGUGGAAAUGGAAAUAAAGCAAUAUCUGAAAGAUGGGAACCAUGCUGCAAAUAUUGUGGGGGCCUACUGUUACGUACAUGAUAUAAAAAGGGUCAACACCCACACUCAUGACCUCUGCUAUAAGUUAUAUUAUUGGAUAGGGCAGAAAGUAAAGGACAAUUACAGCAGUGUGAAUACUUUCCCUUGGGCUAUGAUGAAGAUUUACGAUCAAUUGAAAAGGGUAGUUCAGGACGGUCCAUGCGGAAAUAUGUACAAUAAUAUUGACGGAAGUCUUUUCAGUCAAAGAAAAAUAGUAUAUGAAUACUCUGAGGACUAUACAACUAUGGAAGGUCAUUUUACAACUAAAGGAGAAUCAUGUGAUGACGAAUAUAAAGCUCACCUGGAGGCCAUUAAAAAAGCAUGUACUUCUGUGAAACCGAAAUGCUCAGGAGGAGAGAUGGAUAAUCCAUAUUGUAACCAUUACAAUCAGAAAUAUAAAAAUUACUGUGAGAAGAAAUUAUCAGAACUCGAAAAUCUGAAAGAAAGGAAAUGUAUUAAACCCAAACCAAACCCCAAUCCAAAUCAAGAUGGUAGUAGUGGUUCCUUCACUGAUAGUGCCGAUAGUGGUAGUGCUGCUAGCAGUGCCCUUGCACCUGCCUCUGUGUCUGGUGCAUUAGCUGCAGUAGGAUUACCAGCACUUGCUUUCUAUCUAUAUAAAGUAAUUAACACUAUGAUAAAAGUUAAAAUAAUAGCAUUUUACUAA